GCUGCGCACUCCCUACCUGCCGUCACGUGAAGAUGGCGGCGCGUGCGGCCGCGCUGCUCGUGCUGAGCGGUUCGGCGUGGUUCGGCCUCUGCGCUGGACCCGGACUCGCUCCGGACUCUGAGCGCGGCCGGAUGGAGCUGCGGCGCGUGCAGAACCUUGCUGCUCAGUCGCGGUUCGGAGAGUGUUGGGCGCGAGCUCUGGAGCAGCUGGUCACGCGCUGCAGGGACAUGACGUCAGAAAGUCAGAGCCGCCUGGCGUUGCGGUUCGCCCACUGUCACCUCCUCAGCUCGGGCAGAGAUUUCCCAUCAUGCCCUGAGGGCUCUGAGGUCAGCAGGUGCACAGGUGAGAUGGACGAUGUGGCCUUCAACACCUACACAGAGUUCUUCACCCACACUCACUCUAUCUGCCACUUCCUGCAGUCUGAGGCCUGGCAGAACCAGGCUGAGAUCAGCAUGUGCAGGCUGACGGAGACCUCAGCAGGUGUAGCUGAGCAGCUCCAGUCCACCAGACAGAUGGCCAGAGACCUGAUGGAGGCCCAGAACGCAGCCUUACAGGCCCAACAGGAAAUCCUGUCCAAUGGAGACGAGCUGAGAAACAUCCUGAGAGACUCGACCCAGGGCCUCCAGUCGGUGUUCUCCGACCUCAGCAGCGCCUCCCAGGCGCAGCAGGUGGAGCUGUCUGAGCUCUUCCACAGAGUUUCCUUUCUGCAGAGUUUCCUCCUGAUGGAGGCUCACAGUCUGACCUCCUGCUGCUACAACGCCGCUGCGCUCUGCAUCGCCUUCCUCAUCACCUCCACCCCGCGCUCUUCCAGAGCUAGGCUGGUGUUGUUGGGUUUGGUGUGUCUGAACUUCUACCUGGAGAUGAAGAUCUACCAGUUUGUGACAAGCUCAGAGGAACCGGAACACCUGGACAUGGAGCUGGUUUCCGUGUACGUUGGCGUGUUGCGACGCUCUAUGACGUGUGUCGGUGUGAUUGUUCUGCUGCUGGUCUGCGUCCGGUACCGAGACCCGGUCCAGCAGAGUCUGCAGGUUCUGCAACAGCUCAGAGAGACUCAGACUCACCUGCAGGAGGCGCUGCAGCGGGCAGAGAGUUUGCUGCAGCAGAAGAUGAAGAGUGAAGAUGAUGAGUAUCUGCGUGUGAAGAGAAGAGCUGAGACACAGAGGAGGAGGAGGAGGGAGGAAGAGGAGGAGGAGGAAUGCAGCACCUUGUCGUCUUCCAAUACAGAUGCAGGUUGGAGCAGCAUCUCUGUUUCCCAUGAUGCAUUAGUGCAGCGCUCAGGUGGGCUUCCUCGUGACUCCUCCCCCCUUGUCUACAGCAUCCUGGUGGAAAACAAACGGCCUCGUUACAGCCUGCGGAGCCGGCGCUCAGAGACUCGCUGAGAUGUGGUCUUCCUCUUCCUCUUCAUCUUCAUCUUUCUGUUCUGCUGGAAACUAUUUUACUUCAUUCUGUCUGAUUAUUAAUAAACUUGUUUCAAAU